GUUGUUUUGGUCGGAGGCACUCUCUCGCUCUCUUUCGGCUCAAGUUCUGACAGAAACAUACUCCUCUCUCUGACAGCGCGACAGGAAUAUGUGUCACAUUUAAGCAUCAUCAUUUGUGUUCAUCAAAAAGAUGCCUUUCUUAUCAAACGUUAUUUGCAAAUGUUUUUGAAAAGACGACAAUUGCCUCAAUCUAUGUGUACGUAUAGCGCGCGCACUGUAAACCGAUGCGUAUUACGCAUGGCACCUGUGGCAACCUCUUUGUGGAAAACACUGUGUGCUAUCUGGACUCUUUCCAUUGCUCCUUUGACAACAACGCGUUAAUUGCUUAUUAGUCUUUUAGAGGUGCAUGGUCUAGGGGCGGUCUCGCCUUUCUCUGCCCUGCGGGUUGUUGGCCAGGUUAGUCGGAGGAGGGCGGUCCCUGAGAAGGUUAAGUAGCUGCCCGCAUCAAAGCAGAGAGAGCAUUCCGCGUCCAACUCUCUCGCCACCUCUCUGUCUCUGACUCGCAGGAGAACUCGGACUUUUAUACCGAGGCUAAAUUUAGGGGGCUUGGCCGGUGCGCAGCGUCCUCAUCCUGGACGCGCUUCCUUCCCCCCAUCCUCGCAUUGGUCUGACUUGUGCUGCGAACAAUAUUUAUAAGAAAAGCGCUCCCUCCAGUCGACACAGCUUGCGCAUGAGUGAAGAGAGCAGCAGCUUAUCGGACCGCAGAAGAAGCAACGCGCUCUCAAGCUUCUUUUUUUGGAGACUCAGCGGAUUUAAGUGCAUUUUCUCAAUAUUUCAGGACUUUUACAUUUUUUUCUAGAAAAAACGCAUGGAAAUGGCCUUGAGUGGGACCAUUUUACCAUCAUUUUCUACAUUUGCCAUCCAAAAGGAGAAAUGUUGGGAAGAUAGGUGGAAGUGUAACAUGAGCGGCGUUCCGCUCAAGAUGGACAGCAGCUGCCUCGGCAGGAAAGACGAAGAGGACCUGGAUAAGUUCUUGGAUCUGGAGUUUAUUCUCGCUAACACCACCGUGUCCGACAGCGCGCCGGCCGCAGGGACUGGGGCAGAGUCCUAUCGGCUCCAAGGAUCCGGGGUGUCCGUUUAUCACCAGCAGCAAGGACAGCAGCAGCACACCGGGAUGCCCCAGCAGCCGGCCAACUACACCUCUGUCCCAGACAUAAACAGCCCUCCGCCGCCCUACAACAGCCUGAUGGCGGAGCUCCUUCGGUCCGACGUGGAUAACAGCUUUCUUCCCGGGAACGGUCUCAGCAUCCAGGGGAGAUUCCAGAUCAGCUCUGCGCCCUUCCCGACCACUCAGGAUUUAUUUUCGGAGCAUCCGAACAUUAAAGUGGAGCCAGUCUCCAUGGACACGUAUGGACCUGCCAUGGGUCUGGUGCCUCAGAGCUGCGCCAAAGUCAAGCACGAGGGAAGCGUCUCCUGCAUGAUGUCGUACGAGCAGCAGCCGCGACAGGCCGCGCUGGGCAGCAUGACGCCUCCGCUGAGCCCGGACGACUUGAUGAACUCCGAGUGCCAUCAGCCCCAGAACUGCAACUCCGCAUCGCUGACGUUCCCGCAGAGCUUCCACCACGCACACCACCGGUGCACGUCCGGGGAAUUCCCUCACGCACACACGGGGAUGCAGAUACCUUUCCCCGUGGUGACGCACCACCACCACCACCACCACCAGUUCUCCGGCAUGUUCGGGGAGGACACCGCCAUGGGCAUGCAGCAGCAGCAGCCGGCGGCCGGUCAGCGGGUCCUGCUCACCCCGCCGUCCUCCCCGCUGGAUGCGAUGGACGCCAAGCCAAAGAGGGGUCGCCGGUCCUGGCCGAGGAAACGGACGGCGACGCACACUUGCACUUUCGCUGGCUGUGGCAAGACCUACACUAAGAGCUCUCACCUGAAGGCGCAUCACAGGACACACACAGGAGAGAAACCUUACCACUGCAGCUGGGAGGGCUGCGGCUGGAAGUUCGCCCGUUCUGACGAACUGACGCGUCACUUCCGGAAGCACACCGGACACCGGCCGUUCCAGUGUCACCUGUGUGAACGGGCUUUCUCCCGAUCUGACCACCUCGCGCUGCACAUGAAGAGGCAUAUGUGAGGAAAGACCCGGCUGAAUAGAGACUCUAGUGAUACCACCAUGCAUACUGCCAUACAGCAUGACUAAACCUCUAAACCGAGAGGAAUAUCAGUGUGAUUUGUAUUCUAUCGAGGCAAAAGGAGCAUCAAGAUGAGAUGCUCUGAAAUUAUAUAUUUUCUUGUGAAAAGAUUUAUUUAAAUGUUAUUUUUUUUAGAGAAACCACAAAUAAAAGGAAGAAAAAACGCCAAAUACGACAGAAACAGAGGGAUUCUGUUCAAAUUUUGUUUUAACUAUGUAGCUGGUACUACUGCUGUUUUUGUUUUUUGUAUGAAAUGCUGUUUAUACAGACGACACAUGAAAGGAACAUUCCACUGAACAUGUCAGGCACAUGCUACUGAAGCAACUGGAAGCAGACAAUCCUUUCUGAAGAACAUAGUUUUUUACUUUCACCUAUAGUGCCUUUUAUAACACGUUAUUACACAUCCUUACGAGUGCCACAUUCUCCACUGGCAAAGAAGACAAUCAAAGUGAUUCUGUGUGUUAUAUCUUCAGUGUUUGUGAGUGUGAGCGCCUGUGAGAUGAGCUUUGAGACAAUGUUUUAUUCUUAAACUGCCGUUCAUUCUGUCCUGUCCUUGAAGGUUUGAAUAGGAUGUGAGUCUGUCUGUAGUAAAGUUCACAGAAGUGCAAUGCCAUCUCAGCGCCACCUGAUUGACAAAGGGCUACUCAGUCUUUAGCAAAAACAACAAAUAAUGUUUGUGUCUUGAAGAAAUGUACUGCCUUGUAAAUUUAAUCUUUUUUUCUAAUAUAAUGUAAAUAGUUUAUUUUAUUAAACAAAAUGAAGAUGG